ACAGCUCAUUAGCUCCCUUCAAAUAUAGGACUGAACUCAGAUACACCACAUCCUCAUACCGUUGGAUAGGAUAGCACCCGCCAUAGAAACCUAGUAUGCUCGCUGAACGUGUCAUGGAGCACAGUCGCCACCAAUAAUCCAAGGUCUAUGAUCUCAGACCAGAGAUAAGAUUAAGUUAGGGUAAUUUCUCGGUCUCCCAAACCGUCCUGUCAGUCGCCUUAUGAAGUCAUGGUCCAGCUCUCUUUCCCUAAAAAGGUAUAUGUCUCGACCGCUAUCCCCUUUAGGGCAAUACUCUCCGACAACCGUCCGGUUCGGCGCCAAGGCUCUUGGCACUUUCCGCCUGGGCGUGAAGUAUGGAGUAGUGAUAGACCAGAGAGCACUCCAGACCGUGCCUUUAUCUUCAGUGGCCCACUUGCGAUGGACCCUCCAUGAUGAGUCGAUACUAGAUACAGACCGUUAUCAUGUGAUGAAGAUGCCGUAUUUGAAAUCGCAUCCAUCCUUGGUCAAUACUCUGGCCUCGGCCCUUACAACUUAUGGAAUUCUUAAUGUGAUUAGACCACAUUCCUCUUUGAAAAUUUACUGUACUAUAGCCCGUGCCAACCUCUACCAUAAACCCCCAUAUUCCUUUCGCCGACGGGCCCAUUCCUCGACUACGUGGGCCACACCGGCAGCAAUCGGAACGAUUCCCUCGGUAGGAAGGCCAAUGCCUUAAAGCAAUACCCCAGACUCGUGGACCAUCGGCGAGAG